CAGGCAGCCGGGUGAGCCAGGAGCUGCGCUACACCAAGGAGAAGCUGGGUGAGGAGUCCGUCUACACUUCCCAGAUGUUGAUCCAGACCCCGAAGCGGGAUGGGGAGAACAUCCUGACGCAGGAGGCCCUGCAGCUCCACCUCGAGGCAGCCCUGGCCGCCAGCAAAGUCCAAGUCUCACUCUACGGAAAAUCGUGGGAUUUGAAUAAGAUCUGCUACAAGUCGGGUGUCCCCAUCAUCGAGAAUGGCAUGAUCGAGAGGAUGAUAGAGAAGCUGUUCCCCUGUGUGAUCCUGACGCCACUGGACUGCUUCUGGGAAGGCUCCAAGCUGCAGGGAGGCUCAGCCUACCUCCCGGGCCGUCCGGACAUCCAGUGGAGCAACCUGGAUCCUCUGCAGCUGAUGGAGGAGCUGGGGCAAUUCACGUCGCUGGAAGGCUUCAAAGAGCUGCUGGACAAGGCAGAGGUGGGGCAGGCUUACAUGGAGAGGCCCUGCCUGGACCCCCAGGAUGUCCACCAACCCCACGGUCCUGCAUCCCUGACACCUCCCCUCUGCCUGCAGAGCCCCGACAUCGCGGCCGAGCUCUCGGGGGGCUGCCACGGCUUCUCCAGGAAGUUCAUGCGCUGGCAGGAGGAGCUGAUUUUAGGUGGCACAACCAAAGACUCCCAGGGCAAGCUGCUACGCGCUGAGGCCCUGCAGACCAUGUUCCUCCUCAUGAGCCCCCGGCAGCUCUUUGAGCACUUCAAGGACGAUUACGAGAUCCACGACAUCAGCUGGACCGAGGAGAAGGCGGGUGCCAUCCUAGAGGCCUGGCAGAGGAAAUUCGUGGAGGUGGGCACCGGGAACAGCCCCGCUGUGGGGCUGGGCAGGGUCCACGCUUUCUCCACCACCACGCUCAAUGACAUAAUGAAGUCCUUCUCUGACGUCAGUGCCAUCCGGGUGGCUGGGGGCUACCUCCUCAUGCUGGCCUAUGCCUGUGUCACCAUGCUGCGCUGGGACUGCUCCAAGUCCCAAGGGGCCGUGGGCCUGGCCGGGGUCCUGCUUGUGGCUCUCUCCGUGGCCUCUGGCCUGGGGCUUUGCUCGCUGCUGGCCAUCUCCUUCAAUGCAGCCACCACCCAG